AUGUCUGAUUUAGCCAAAUUAGUUUCUAUCUUACGUAUAAAGUAAUUAAUUCAAGUUUUAUGAAAUAAUAACUUGUAUUAAUGACAUUAGAAUUUAAUAUAUUGAAAUAAUGUUGUUUUAUACCAUAGCACAUAUAAAAGCAAUAAUAGCAUUAGUAAUACUAAGUUGUUUAGACAAUUGAUUACGAUAGACAAAAAUUAUUUGAAUAAUUCGCAAAUCAAUAACAUUACAGAUAUUGCAGCAAUGAAUUAAUGUUUUCAUUUAUUAUUAAGUAUGGAAUUUUAUGAAAGUAUAGAAACAAAUCUGGAAGCUGUUACAAAUGUAUCAGAUAAAACAUUAGUAGAUGAAAUCGUAACAGAAAAAUCAGAGGAAAAUAUUGUAGAGAAAAUAUCAGAAAUACAAACUAAAGAAAACUUGCUAGAUACUAAGGAAAAUGAAGCUAUAAAGAAUACUGAAGUAACAUAUCCAACAAAUCGGUUUUAUUAUAAUUGGAAUAAUUCUCCAAGAUUAUUAUGUGAAGCAACUGCAGAAUAUGAACCAACAGAUUUAUGUGAAAACUUUACAAAGGGUUGUCAAUGGUCUCCUGAUGGAACAUGUUUAUUAGUACCAUCUGAAGAUUUUAGAAUUCGUAUCUAUGAACUCCCUAAAGAAUUAUAUUCUGAAAAAAUUCCUCCAGAAUUGUCAUCCACAAAACUUUCAGCAGCUUUAACAAUAAAAGAAGGAGGACUUAUAUAUGAUACUUGUUGGUAUCCUUUUAUGAAUUCAUGGGAACCUGCAACUUGUUGCUUUUUAAGUACAAGUAGAGAAAGUCCUAUACAUUUAUGGGAUGCUUUUAAUGGUGAAUUAAGAGCAACAUAUCGAGCUUACAAUCAAGUUGAUGAAGUAGAAGCUGCAAUUAGUAUUCAAUUUGUUGAUUCUGCUAAGAAAGUGUGGGCUGGAUUCAAAAAUGCUUUAAGAAUGUUUGAUAUGGAACAUCCAGGUCGACAAACAGAUACUAUUUUAUUUAAGAGAGAGUUUCCAAAUGUAACAGGAUUAGUUUCUUGCAUACGAGAAAAUCCACUUAUGCCAGGAUUAGUUGGCUUUGGAACAUAUUCUAAAAACAUUGGUUUAUAUAAAGAUGGGCCGUUAUGUACUUUUAAAACAGAAAGUGGCGUGACUCAAAUUGAAUUUAGUCCUUGUGGAACUAAAUUAUUUUCAGUAGUUAGACGUAAUAAUGAAUUUUUAUGCUGGGAUCUUCGUAAUCCAGGUAUUGUACUUUACUCACUUGAAGGACGUCACUCUGAUACAAAUCAGAGAAUUCAAUUUGAUAUUAUGCACAAUGGAAAAGAAGUAGUCUCUGGUGGUACAAAUGGAGACAUUAUAAUUUGGGAAUUACCAGGAAGUACAAAUUGUGAAAAUCUUAAUGUAACACAUGAAAUAAAUCUAUCUCACGAUUGUAUAAAUGGCAUAAGUUUACAUAAAAAUUUACCUAUAGUUGCUAUCAGUACAGGACAAAGACUUUGUGAUACUCUACCACAAGAUAGAUACAAUAGUGUACAACUAUGGUUGUGUUCUUAAGUUGAUCAUAUAAUAAAUUAUUGUAAAUACAGAUAAAAUCACUAUUUUAUAAAUAAAAUUUAUAAUAUUUUUUA